AUGGGUCAAAUACGUUGUUGUGACUGCUCUAUUCGGACCAUUAACGCAAUUCCUUCUCUUGUUCGCGUUUCCGACAAUGAUUGUCUCUGGCUUGCUAGUACUGGUAGUGCAAUAUAUUCCUUCCAGUCCUUCUCUAGCAAUCAUGCAUUCUUCCUCGCCACCAGCCCAACCCUCGCUUCUCCAGCACCCCUCCAAGCUGAUCUCGUCAAAUUUGAUACUGACUUGUUAGCCCGUGCAGAUGGAAAUAUUCUCGACAUCUUCAGCGACCUCAAGGGCGUCGCCGAUGAGAUCCUACCAGAAAUUGAGAGUCUCAUCAAGAAUAACGCCCUCACACAGGACUUGGUUAUGCCCCUUAUCAAUGACCUCAUUGAGGCAAUCAAGAACGCGACGUCCGAGUUGGGAGGUUUGGAUAAGUCUUCAAUCGUUGUAGGAGGUACGAAUGAAGAGCUUGCUACCCUCAUAGCCGGGAUCGUCAAAGAUAUCUCGGGCACGAUGGACGGCUUGACAACUGCCAGUGUUGAUUUGUCUUCCUUGGACUUGGGCUCGAUCCUUCUGGACGCAGGCGAUGUUCUUGCAGGACUGGUCCUCACUGUCGUUGGAUUAGUGGGUGGCCUUCUAGCAUUGUUGCUUCCUCUGCUCCUUCCCGUCGUGGGCCUCCUUGUGACGAUCGUUGUGGGAUUAUUGGGCGGGCUUUUGGGUCUCAUUCUUUGA